AUGCCAAAAUCCAGGACACAAGUUGCGUUAGUCACAGGGGCUUCAUCAGGUAUUGGUUUUAAUGUCAGUAAACAAUUAGCUGCCAAAGGUUACAAGGUCUAUGCAUGUGCUAGAAGAACGGAACCUAUCGAACCAUUGUCAAAGGAAUUUCCAGGGUUAAUUAUUCCAACGAAGUUGGAUAUCUCAAAAGAGCUUGAAAUUUUGGAGUUAAAGAAAAGACUGUCAGAAGAUUUACCAGAAGGUAAACUAGAUAUAUUAUACAAUAAUGCUGGUCAAAGUUGUACAUAUCCAGCUUUAGAUGUAAGCAACAUAGCCAUGGAACAAUGUUUUCAAGUUAAUGUAUUUGGACACAUUAAUUUGUGCAGAGAACUAUCCCAGUUCUUAAUUAACUCUCAAGGUACUAUUGUAUUUACAGGUUCUUUAGCUGGCAUCAUUUCCUUCCCGUUUGGUAGUAUUUACAGUGCUACUAAAGCUGCAAUUCAUGCCUAUGCUCGUGGAUUACAUCUGGAACUAAAACCAUUCAAUGUAAGAGUGAUCAAUGUUGUCACAGGCGGUGUCGACACCAAUAUUGCUGAUACAAGACCUUUACCAGAAAGCUCAAUUUAUAACUUCCCUGCAGGUUUAGAAGCGUUUCAAGGUAGACAAAAGAUGGCUAAAAAUAAUCAUCCCAUCUCUGCUGAAAUUUACGCCAAACAGGUGCUAGAUGUUGUAUUUAGCAAGAAAGAUCCUGUCGAUCUAUACAGAGGCACUAUGUCAACAUUUCUGAGAUAUGUUGCCCAAUUUGUGCCUUACAGUAUCCUAGAGUAUGGUUUGGUUGCUAAAUUUAAAUUAGGGAAAGUUUUUGAAGUUUUAAAGACCAAAACUAAACAAGAGUAA